AUGGAGCCGCUGGGCGUGUUUUCAAGUGCCGGCACCACCGCCGAUCUGUGCCAAAAGCUUCUGUUGCUCUGCAAGGAUGUUAAGAAUGCGGCAGCGGAGACUGACCAGCUACGGCGGCUCCUCGCUAAUUUCCAAAGAAUCCUCACCAGCGUUGAAGAGAUGCGCAGUAGCCCCAACAAUGCAAAGCUCAAGCACACUCACCAACUCAGCGAUGCCGUUCAUGAAGCCCAGUCACUAUUGCAAAAAUUGGGUGAUGAUCUCUCCCCCUCUUCAGAAACGGCCCACAGAAUACUGCGCAAGAUCAAAGGAAGCUCAAUCAGGUGGCCCUUUGAGAAAAAUGACAUUCUCGAGAGAAUGAGUAGCCUAGAACGAUGCAUGCAAGUGAUUAACGAAAGCCUUCAAGUUGAUCAAACCAACCUAUUGCUCGACAUCAAUUACAGAGCUAUUCUUGACAAGCUUCCUGUCGCAGGUGAUGCCUAUUUCGAUUCCUUCGACGAAAGCAGCAAGGCAAGAUGCCUUCCAGAAACUCGAGUGGACCUCCUUCAAGAAGUUUCCAAUUGGGCCAAGAAUUCAGACUCACAUGCCGUAUUUUGGCUCAAUGGCAUGGCAGGCACCGGCAAGUCGACCAUUUCUCGAACAAUUUCGGAAAUUUUCGCGAAUGAAAGUCGCCUCGGGGCCAGUUUCUUCUUCAAGAGGGGCGAGGCUGACAGAGGAGGACUGGCAAAGUUUUUCACAACAAUGGCCGCGGAUCUUGUACGCCGACAGCCAAUAUUUGCGCCCCGAAUCAAAGAGGCGAUUGAAACUGAGCCUGGCAUAUCCACGAAAUCAGCAUCAGACCAGUUCCAGAAACUAAUCCUUGGCCCUCUAUCUACUAUUCCUAAAGGUUCUGGCCAGGAGAGCCCUAUCAUCGUCGUGGUCGAUGCCUUGGAUGAAUGCGACCGAGAAAAAGACAUUGAACUCCUCAUUUGGCUUUUUUCUCGCUCAUCACAACCAGCCUUUCCAAAGUUGAAGUUCUUCCUAACUAGCCGCCCUGAACUUCCACUCCGCCUAGGUUUCAAGAAAGUAGAGGGAACCUAUAAAGACUUGAUCCUUCACGAGGUACCAGCCAGUAUCAUUGAGAACGAUAUGCUGAGAUUUUUUGAGUAUGAGCUUUUUAAUAUACGAAACGACUACAAUCUCUCAAGGUCGGAUGAUCUCAAACUUCCAGAAAGCUGGCCUGGCAGCUCCAACCUCGAGAUCCUUGUCAAAAUGGCUGUUCCUUUGUUCAUUUUUGCUUCAACUACAUGCCGCUUCAUAGCUGAUCUCAAGCACGGUGACCCCCGUCGUCAGCUCCAACGAGUCCUUCAGUACGAAGCAAAGGCUCCAGGAUCGCGUCUUGACGCGACAUAUUUACCAGUCCUGGACCAACAGCUCGACGGACUGUCUAACAGUGAAAAAGCAGAAGUUGCUCAAGAAUUCCGAGCUAUUGUUGGCACAAUCAUCAUCCUCGCAAACCCUCUGUCGAUUACUGCAUUGUCACGAAUGCUUGAUAUAUCCAAAGAGACCAUUUCGAACCGCCUAGAGAUGUUGCAUUCUGUCUUAGACAUUCCGCCUUCAUUAACCAUGCCGGUGCGAAUGUUGCAUCUUUCGUUUCGCGACUUUCUGUUGGAUCCAGAAAAACGUGACAAAACCCCAUUGUGGGUAGAAGAGAGACAGGCCCAUGCUACAAUGGCCAAUCACUGCCUGCGCUUACUCGACAAUCUCAAGCCAGAUAUGUGUAGUCUCAAAUCUCCAAGCAUAUCAACGGUGGAUAUCCAACGCGAGACAAUCGACCAUCAUUUACCUCCUGAGCUACAAUACUCUUGUCUAUACUGGGUGAGUCAUGUAGAACAUUCGGAAACGAAGCUUGUUGAUGGAGGUUCAGUCAGCGAGUUUCUACUGCGCCAUUUUCUCCACUGGCUAGAGGCAUUGAGCCUCAUGGAUCGGACUCGAGAGAUCAUUGGAUUGAUUCAAGUGCUUCAAGCGCUUGUAGAGCCAGAAGCAGGUAUCAAGACAUCCGACUUUCUGAAUGACGCGAAACAGUUUGUGCGCACCCAUGCCUCGACAAUUGAGUCGUGGCCCCUCCAAACAUAUUCUUCGGCGCUUGUUUUUACCCCAUCGGACAGCGUAGUGAGGGCCCAGUUUAAAGACAAUAUUCCUUCAUGGAUACUAUUUCCGCCGCCAGUCGACCAUAGCUUGAAUCCGUGCACACUGCUGAUAGAAGGGCGUAGCAAUUAUAUCGAAUGUAUGGCCUUCUCGCAUGACUCGACGUUGUUAGCUUCGGGAUCCAGAGACCAGACACUGAAAGUAUGGGAUAUUGUUACGGGCGAAUGUUUGCAAGCAAUGACGGGCCAUACAGACUUUGUCUUGUCGGUAGACUUUUCUCAUGAUUCAUCACGGUUGGUGUCUGCGUCGUCUGAUCAUACCAUUCGUAUUUGGCGUACCGACACGGGAGAGUGUAUCAGAAUACUCACCGGCCAUUCCGGCAUUGUGACAUCUGCAAUAUUUUCACCUGACUCGACUUUGAUAGCAUCAGGAAGCGAAGACUCAACUGUCAGAAUAUGGAACGAAGAGACUGGGGAGUGCAAGCAUGAGUUGCUGGGCCAUAAAGACCCCGUGACAACUGUCGCAUUUUCACGAGACUCAACACUUGUUGCAUCUGCAUCUCACGAUGGAGUUAUACGUAUCUGGAGCACUAACGGUGGUACGUACGAGUCUACUAUGCACCAGAAAGAGGACUAUCAUCCAUGGCUUACGAUAUUCUCACCUGAUUCAACGCGUUUGGCAGUCGUUUACGGCGGCGGCGUCUUGCAAUACUGGAGACUCGAUACGAAAAUUUGUGAAAGGCGAAUUCAGUUUGGAAACAGUAAUCUCAAGAUAACACACGCUGCAAUUUCGCACGAUUGGAAGUAUUAUCUAUCCACCACCACGUUGGGGAAAACAUUGCUUUGGCGAAUAGAUACGGAGCAAUGUGUUCAUGCAUUCAACCCUCGUAUUGGUUUCAUCUCGUCGGUCGCCUUUUCGCCUGAUUCGACAUGUUUUGCGUCGGCUUCAGUCAGUGGUGAAAUCGGUACGUGGGAUGUCGUGGAGCAAGACCAAAACCAGCUGAUGGCUGAUCCAACCGCCAUCGACACACGCCCUAAUAGAAUUAAAUUCUCGCAUGACUCAUCUCUUGUUGCAACUACAAGCCUGCAUGGCAGCAGGAUAAUGGUAUGGGAUGCUAGAACUGGCUGUUCUGUCCAGAAAUUGAGAUUUCCGGGAGAUGCGUUAGAUGACAUGGUAUUUUCGCAUGACGGCUCACUUAUGGCAUCAGUAUCGCUUGGUUCCUCUCCCAAACAACAUGUGUGUAUCUGGAAAAUGGAUACAGGUCUUGGUACGGACGUUGAGUACCACACGCCGCCAUUCAUGGAUAGAGGGCGUUUCACAUUUUCCCAUGACUUGCAGUUCUUUGCUAUCAGCUUUAGAGAGACGAUUUCUUUGCGUGGUAGAGGCAAGAAGAGUUGGGAUUACACCAAUGAAUAUGGCCACUGGUUCUGUCAAGUUGUUUUUUGUCAUGACUCCGCAGUCUUAGCAGCGGCCACAACCGGAGGUACAGUACUUUUAUGGGAGACAAGAACCGGUCAACUUAUUUACCAGUAUUCUGUACCCGAUACCGAAAUCGAAUGCAUUGCAUUCUCUCACGACUUGGGACUCAUCGCUAUUGCCACAAAGACAUGUCGCAUUCACAUUAUUCAUCGCGAUAGCGGCGAGUGUAUUCGCACGAUUGAAGACAGACCUGGAGAUAUUGACGCACUAGCAUUUACAUAUGAUGCUUCAUUCAUCGGUGCUAGCAUGGUUGGGAGAAAAGGAACAUUCAUAUGGCAAAUCGAGACUGGCCAACUCUUACACAAUAUGCAUCUUUGGAAUAUGGGUCGAUAUGUACAAUUCAAUAGCAGCACGCAACACAUCCCUACAAACGGCGAUGCUGACGGUCGAGAGAGCCGAUUGCAUGGUGUAGACGAUCACUGUUGUGGCUACGGCCUUCACUCAUCUGGACGAUGGAUCGUAUGGGGUACACAGAAACUUCUCAGGUUACCCAAAAGAUACGAAACACAGAAAAUCGCGGUCAGUGACCGUGCAAUCGUUUUGGGUUACGAGGGAGAUCGAGUUAUCAUUAUUACUACGUCGGCGAAAGAGGGACCGGAUUUCGAGCAUAUAUCCAAGAUGCACGGAGGGACAGCAUGA